UAUUUUCCUUAUUCCUCUUCCUCACAAGAAUAUUCACUCCAUCAGUUCAUAUUAUGAGUUUAUUGACUUUGGAAUAUUACUUUCUUUCACUUUUACAAGAUUUAACAAGCCCAAACUUUUUGGUGAAUUCUGUGACUGUUCUACAGUAUACCCGAGUGAUUUUAGUGUUGAGAAACAUUUUGAGGAAUUUGAGGCGUGGCGCAGUAAUUACUUUGAGGGGAAUUUACUACAACUGUGCUCACGUUUGCCAGAGUCAACGGGACUCUGAUCAAAUAAUAAUUGACAUAACUCAGAAAACUAAACUUUCCAGAAAGAAAUUACUCAUCAGUACUUGUCCCAAAGCACUUAUCAAAGGUCACUUAACACUCUCUGAAAUUUUCAACCACAAUCAAAUCAUUCAUUCCAACUGUGACAACACAUUACAAGGUAACGGAAUUGCAUUUUCUUCAAUUUGUGAUUUCGACAUACAAUUCCCAUACACAACACUAAAUUACCUACUGAUAGUGGAGAAAGAGACUGUGUAUCACAGAUUAUUGAAAUUUGGACUCCUUGAAAAACAUAAGCCCUGUGCUAUAGUACUUUGUAGAGGAUUUCCAGACCAUUCAACUCGAGAGUUAGUGUAUAAAAUUUAUCAAAAGGCUGAGAAUCAAUUUCCUUUUAUUAUUUUAACAGAUUUUAAUCCCUCAGGAUUAAUCAUUAGUCUCAACUUCCAUAAAACGCCCAGAACCACUUCCUACUAUGUUGAGGACUGUGGAAUUGAGAAUUUGUACUGGAUGUGUUUGAGCAGUAGCGAGAAAAUCAGCGGAAUCAAGUCAAUUCUAACCUCAAGAGACUUAAAAAUUAUACAAAACUUAAUACAACUUGAACCAGAAAAUACAAUUUAUGACCCAAAGUCCGGGAAUAGUAGGGAAAAUACCAGUGAAAAGUGGAAUCUUAGGCCCGAUUUAGUACAUAUAAAAAAUUCAAGGGAAAUUUUAGAAAAAUUUAUUUCUGAAGGUUUUACAUAUCAAUUGGACGAUUUUGACACUCUGGAACUCCUUGUCACCCAUUCACUCGACACACUUGUUAACACAUUUCUCAACACACUUGAUGAUUCCACAGCUUUACAAACUGUGUAGGAUCAGUAACAAAGUCUAUAGGAUCAGUAAUAAAGUCUAUAGGAUCAGUAAUAAAGUGUUUAGGAGUAAAUUUCAAGGUUCAACUUCGUUUGUAUAUUUCAAUCUUAUCAAACUUCAAAAUCAAUUAUCUCACUUCCCAGUUGCACAUUAUGGAACUUUUUUACACAGAUUCAACUCACCCAAUCUAUUUCCAACUGUAUCAUUAGCCACUGGAAUUUGUAACACUAACUCCCUCAGUAACAGUACUAAAUGUAUAAGUACGUUGAAGAGAAGAAAGUUUAAGAUAAAGAAGCAUAAGAAGAAGAAGCGGAAGAAGCGCUGGUCGAGGAUGAGUUUGAUACCGUGGCGACCUGCCCAGGAUCUGAAACAAACAUACCAGUCACCAGCCAAAAUAAGAAGAAUAGUAAAAGAACGCAGGAGAAGAAAUAAAGGAAAUCGGACACUCCGAAUACCCAGACAAAGAUAAACAUAAUAUAGUCACUAGUG